AUCGUGUCUCCUUGGAAAGGUUCCAAAAGAAUACUCCCUCUUCAUGAGACGCAGCUCCAGCAGCUCUCACUCCACGAUUGCCUCCAACAGACACCACACCCCACAGAGGACAACCAAACAUGGACAACAGCAUGGAGGCCACAACGACCCAGCGUGGUAGGCAAACUAAAACCCCGGCAAAAUUCAGUCAAAACGGCUCGCUUGGGGCCGCCGUAGGCGGUGGAGGCUUGCUGCCCAGCAGCCAGAAGCUUCUACCGGGAAUCACAGGAGGCGCUGCCGCCACCAACAUUCAGAGCGAGGGUGGAGCUGGCCGCCCCCGCGUUGGCGGCAGCUCGAGGGGAAGCGAUAUCGGGGGCUUCAGGGGAAGUGGCAGCGACGUCGUGUCGCCAGGGGCGCCGGGGUCGGCGAAGACCCUCCAGGCGCUGCAGAAGUCAAUAGACCGCAACCGCACGAAGAGCUACGAGAAGUGGCCGGCGAGCCUCCUGAGAGAGGCGUGCUCGUUGAGGAGAAUCAUGGGCUUCUCGAAGGAGAAGGACACGGACAAAAUGGCUAGAAGGUUGACGCAAGUCGACCGCGUCAUGGAGAGGAGCAGCCCUUUCUUCGCGGAUCUGGACGACAAGGCCGCAGGUGAUUGA